AGCAGCCCUGCGCAGAGAGGAACAUCCAGAGGAGCAGGCUCGCCACGCUUCAUGAACUUUCCCGCUGAUGAUUGGCGCUUGCCUGUGUUUACUCCUCUGCGCCUGGCCCAGUAUGAAGCGAGCGGACGGCUGCGCGUGGCUGCGGGACGCAGAAAGGGCAGGACCAGCGCGCGCAUAGUUGUGGGGGAUCACGCAGAGGGGGGAAUGCGUGCACCCAGUGCAACUGACCACUCGACUGCCUCGUGCGUAUCUGGCCACGACUGGAGUGGAAGAAGAAGAUGUUGUGAAAAGCCUCUCGUGCCGGAGGCAGCACGCGCGCUUUAUAAGGCAGAGAGGCUGAAUAUGGGGCUGCAGGGAAGAGACUAUCAGCUCUGAACUCAGGAAAGUUUCCGUAGAAGAGAUUGACUGUUCUAAUACUAAUAAAGAUAGACCAUUAGGUGUUCGGCUGUGUGGAGCGCUGCUAUGCUGGACUGGACGGGAAGCAGCCAACUGAGCUCUAGCUGAGCUGUUUGCAGGACCAGCCAGAGCGUUUGCAUGCACGUUGAUCUGUGCGCGAGAAGAGCUGAGGAGGAUCAAUGCUGCUGCUUCCACACACAGUGACCCUCACACUCCGCCUCUGCCCGCUUGUCUUAGGGCACUGCUUUCUCUCCUCACUGCUGCUGCUGUGCCAGGCUGAGCUUCAGAGGUCAUGCUCACAGCUUGGCACUCAGAGAGGAGGUGAGCAGUGCCAAUCGCCCUGCCACUGCAGGACCUACCCACCUCUACCUCCCCCACCUCCUCCCCCACCUCCUCCUCGGCUACUGAUCCCCACAGUGGCUGAGCCUCCCAGUGUUCCAUUGAGACCCUGGUGGACGGACUUCAUUGUGGUUGGGACAGUAGGAUGUACUUCAGCUGUCUUUCUACUAUUAACUCUCAUCAUCUGCUACAAGGCCAUUAAAAGGAAACCUCUUAGAAAAGAGGAGAAUGGUACCAAUCGUGGAGAAUACGCCAUGAGCUCCCGCAAAAAGAAGAAGACCAAAAACGCUGGCACUAAUAAUGUUGUGGUGUGAAAUAUACACACAUACCAAGACUAACUAAGGGCAAAUGAUGUCUUCGGCCAUUGUGCUGCAUCACUGCAGCAGGAGUGUAAAAGUAAAACACACGGCUAAUAUCCAAGCAGAAAACAGUGGAAAGGAACAAGCUUGAUCUGUUUGAUCAGCACAGAAUGCACUGGCCGAGAGACUUACUGGCAAACUGUGGCUUAAAGAUUCUUAAGAGUAAUUGCAUGUGUUUGUUUACUUAUUUGUUAAUUUAUUUACACAAAUUUCAUGAUUCUCAUGUCAACAUCCAAAGCUAGAGGAUUCAUUUUGCAUUUGAUGCACUGCUCUGAAAAACAAAAUUGACUUUGUAAGUAUCCUUUUUUGGUUUUGUUUAUUUAUUUGUUUGUUUGUUAGCUUGUUUAUUUCCCCAGAUGCUCAUAUGUGAACAUGCUUAGCUAGAUGCACCAUUUUACAUUUAAUGCACUGCUCUAGAAAACAAAAUGGAAUUUGUAAGUGUAGGUUUUCCUUUUUUUUUGUUUGUUUGUUUAUUUAUGCUUAAGUUUACAUUGGAUGCACUGCUCUGAAAACAUAAGCAUUUACAUUUUGUUAUGUUGUUUUUUUCUGAUGCUCAUAUGUCAAUGUGUUAAGCCAGAUACUUCAUUUUACAUUGAUGCACUGCUCUAAAAAACAAAAUGCAAUUUGUAAGUGUAGCCUUUUUUUUAUUUAUUUUAUGUUUGCUAAAUUAUUACCAACCAUCAGGAAUGUUUCUGCAGAGAAAACGCCUAAAAUAUAUUAUUUUGCAUGGUAUAUUCUGGACACCUAGCGAAAAAUUCUGCAAUCAUCUAUAGUUUGGUCAUAAUACACAACCAAGCCUGUGGACUCAUAUCUGUGUAGUGUAUAUAAAACCUUGUGUCCUAUAUCAUUGAGAUAUGCCUAUGCACAGACACUUACGCAAGGUAUGUUACAUCAUCACUCUGUGAUGAACACUGGCAGUCUUCCCGGUGUUCCCUCGCACUGUAUCCGUGGUUUACCGUAGUUUCAUAUGUACAGUGAUACUAACAUUCCAGGUUUGAGGCUAUAUCCUCCUCGAGGCUGGAGUGCUAAACACCCCCUUGUCUGUGCCAAAUUCUAGUGAUUACAAGAACAGUGGACAACUGCGCAGGAGGCCCUUGCUCAUGUUCAGAUGUGAUUACAUGCUAAUUGUUCCCUUCACAAGCCACCAGACAAGGACCCUUCUGCAAUAGUACGACCAGUAAGUUUAAGCUGUCUGAUGUUCACCGCCAUUUAAUAUGUGUCUACGAGAAGAGAAAAAGUGUUUGUUUCAUAUUGUGUGACAAUGCCAUACAAACCUCACAUCGAAUCAUUAGGCCAUUCGAAAGAAAAUGAAUGUCUGUAACAUUGCUGAUGUUCUAAAAAUAUCAUAAAUAUCAUGCUACAGUGGUAAACUAUAUAUAUAAAUGUAUACAUAUAUAAAAAAGUAUUACCAUGAGAGUUGAGUUGAGCUGUGGGAUAUAAAUUACAAUAGCUGCAGUUGGUUCAGUUAUUUCAGUGGUCCAAACAUCAUGUUUUGUGUCCGUGUGUUGUCUGACGUCUAGACAUUUACUUGUCCAAACCUGUAAGAUACUUUUUACCUGCACUGUAACAAAAGACUCCUAUAAAAUCUCAGAACGCUAUAAUAAAAUGACAACAAAAAUAAUAUGUACAAAAGAGAAGGAAUGAUGCAUGAAUGUAAAUAUUGACUUCAGCAUAUCUGCCUUUUGGACUGUUACUCACUCAUACAGAGUGGCUGAGGAUGUUUAUACAUAGUAGAAAUAAAACAAUGCAAUCUAACGUGAA